AUGCAAGGACUUGUAUACUGUCAGCAAAGGACAAGCCAGGAUGUGUGGAAAAAUUCAUUGAUUGUUACAAAGGAAGAGGAGUCUACGCUUCUGAGCCAAUUGAAGCAGGUGCUUUUAUCCUGGAGUACAGGGAAACGUCAUUGGUGUAUUGAUGCUUCCAAAGAAGAUGGAUCCCUGGGAAGAUUGGUCAAUGACAACCACAAGUCACCAAACUGUGUCAUGAAAAAGAUAACCGUGAACAACAGGCCUCAUUUGUGUUUGUUUGCGGUGAAACAAAUUGAAACAGGGGAUGAAAUUGAAUACAACUAUGGAGACUCAAAAUGGCCCUGGCGGGGAAAGGUGGCAGUGGGUCCAGAUAUUGUAGCAGCAGUCCAGACUACCACGCCCUAUCCGGAUCAGACCUCCCAAGACUAUUCAAAGAGGGAUGGAGUUAAACAGGUGGCAGUGAGUCCAGAUCGAGUAGCAGCAGUCCAGACUACCACGCCCUAUCCGGAUCAUUCCACUUUGAAUUCUCUUGUGGCAGUGGGUCCAGAUAUUGUAGCAGCAGUCCAGACUACCACGCCCUAUCCGGAUCAGACCUCCCAAGACUAUUCAAAGAGGGAUGGAGUUAAACAGGUGGCAGUGAGUCCAGAUCGAGUAGCAGCAGUCCAGACUACCACGCCCUAUCCGGAUCAUUCCACUUUGAAUUCUCUUGUUUCAACUUCCCAAAACUUUUCCCUUGUCAAUUAUUCAGACAGUGAAAUUGAUGAGGAUUGUUUAAAAGAGCAACCUCUCACUAGAGGAGUUGCCCUUAAGAACUCUUCAAUUGAAAAUGUUCUGAGAUUACCAGAUUACUGUGAACCCAUCCCUGAUUCCGAUGAGUCUGUUGUGUAUGAAAGCGAUCAUUUUUCAAACUACUCAAUUUUGCCAUCUGACCAGCAAGCUGUCCCAAAGCUGAAAAGGACAAAAAGCAUUAUAAUGAAAAGUAGAGUACCAGAAUUUUCUGACUCCCUUUAUGAUUCAAGUGAUGAAUGUCCAGCGGAAUCACUUGCUUCUAGGCCUUCUCGUAGGCCAAAGAGAGUCGCAUUCUGCCCUGCUAUAGUAGAAUCAGAUGACUCAUAUGCAGGUAGCGAAGAUGACUACAUUCCAGACAAAAAGGAUGAAAAGGCUACUCUUCAGAUAGCCAAGAUGAGCAAAGUGCUCCUGGCUAUGGAACAGGGUCGUCUCGGAGACUUCCAAGGGAAAAGUCUGGAUGAGAUCAACAUCUCAGUGAAUGAGACCAUUUGCAUGAAGGAGGUUCCAGAAGAGGACAUGGAUGUUGCCAGUAUGCCAGAGGAGCAGGGGUCAGAGCUCGACUCAGGAGAUGAACCUACUUCAACAUCUUACUUGCGUAGUCCAAAGCGGGGGAAAAGACCAAAGAAGAGAGAGACAGUUUGCAUGAAGGAGGUUCCAAAAGAGGACAUGGAUGUUGCCAGUAUGCCAGAGGAGCAGGGGUCAGAGCUCGACUCAGGAGAUGAACCUACUUCAACAUCUUACUUACGUAGUCCAAAGCGGGGGAAAAGACCAAAGAAGAGAGGUAAAGUGGAGCCAGUAAAAAGGACCUGGACACAAGAGGAGUGUGCUGCAGUGGAGAGGCAUCUGAAGAAAUUCAUCGUUUUAAUGAAGGUUCCAAAGAAGAUGGACUGUCAGCAAUGCAUUAUAGCAGAACCACAAGCAUUAGCAAACAGAGACUGGAAAGCGCUGGAAAGGUGUGGAAGCAAUCUUUCUCCCUCACUUUUGGGUUCUGGACCAGCUGUUGGAAGCAUCUACAUUUGCUGUUUGCUUGCUUUUAACAGGAUUGACUGA